GGUCUAAUUUGGAGGUUGUGCGUGACAGCCAUUGACGCAUGUCAGUAUAGUGCUUUUGUCUCACAGGGAUGCAUGACUGGACUUAUUGUGCAUAUCUCUCUAUACUAUAGCAAAGAGCACUGACCUACUGACCAAAAAGGUCACUACCGUUCACAAACGGUUUUAUGUACACGCAGAGCAUGGUAUAUUCUUGUACACCGGCGUUAUCACGACGUUCCGACUCCACUUGAUUAAUUAGCUACGCUUCACCUCUGCCACUUUUUGUCCUGCAGUGAUUGUGCCAAUGCAGUGCACCGCAUGCCUAAAACAUUGUCAGAACUUUUGUGUUCCGUGUCUGUGAGUGGCGUGUAAAGUAGAUUACUGAAGUGUAAGCUGAAUUUGAUUUGCAAGAUUGUGUCGUUUUUAAAGCCCCUGUUUUCGUGCCGUUCCUUUCGUCGUCGGCCUAUAGACGCCUGAGACCAUAAUUUUCUAUAAGUCAGACAUGUACAUUUACUUUAAUUAUUAACAAAGCUAUUCACUCUCGAACCAGACCUACAGUGGAGCAGAAAAAAGAACUUUGGCAGGUUGAAUCUAGUCUGCAUAUCGGCUAACAGAGUAAAUUUACAUACUAUUGUGAUGUGCGUGCAAUGUGCACAAAAGCGUAGAUCAAGGAACAGUUAACAGAUUUAAAACGUAAUUGGCGUGCGGUUGCACUUGUUACUUCAGUGCGAGCACCAUUGCCAUGAUGGGUUGCCUGAAGUUUGUCAGCGUUUUGUGCCUGUUUUUUUCUGUUGUGUUAGCGGACAGUGAGGACCCUCCGGUGGUUACCACGAGCCAGGGUCGCAUCGUCGGCACGAGGCUCGAGUUCAGCCCCAUCGAUUCCGCGCUUCGCCGGAGCGUGGACGCCUACCUCGGCAUACCGUACGCUGAGGCUCCCGUCGGCCCGCUGCGCUUCAAACCUCCCGUCGCUAAGUCAUGGAGCGGGGAGCUUCAGGCCACCAGGCUGGGCAACCGCUGUCCACAACCCCUCGUGCCUUUCGGAAAUUACACACUGAAUGGGCCGUUUGAUGAAGAUUGUCUGUUUCUUGAUGUAUUCGUGCCUCAAUCUGUCCCUCCAGAUGCAGCCGUUCUUGUCUACAUUCAUGGUGGCGCUUACAUCGUUGGGGCUGGUGUCAUGAUGGACUUGUAUCCUACCGCCAUUGCUUCCGUUGGUGACGUCAUAGCCGUCACACUGAACUAUCGACUUGGCGCUCUCGGUUUUCUAUCAACAAAUGAUGACGUCAUUCCGGGUAACAUGGGCCUUUUGGACCAGCGUCUAGCCUUGGAAUGGGUGAGAGACAACAUUAAAGCUUUCGGCGGCGACCCGGCGCGAGUAGCCAUCUUUGGCGAGAGUGCCGGGGCAGGCAGCAUAGGCGUGCACAUGGUGUCACCGGGCAGCGGAGGGCUCUACCGAGGCGCCAUCUUGGAGUCUGGAGACGCCACUGCCCCGUGGGCUACUGCUUCGGUCAGCAAGGCACGUCGCCUGGCCUUCACCUUUGGAAAGCUCGUCGGCUGCGAACGACAGACGUCGGAAGAGUUGUUGGAAUGUCUGCAACAGGUUGAGGGAUCUGACAAGUUCAUCGAGAACCAGCAAGAGAAGUUACUUGAAGAAUUGGGUGAAGGUCCUUCAAUGAUCCAUGCACCCAUUGUUGAUGGCGAGGUCAUCCCUGCUGACCCCAAUGACCUGUACAAGCAAGGGGCCAUCAACGAUGCUGUGUCAAUCAUUGGGGCUCUCUCUGAUGAGGGUAUGCUCAUGCUGACGCCAUCCUUUCCAAACAACACCGACGAAGCGCCAUUUGUCGACCGCGACACUUUCGACGCCCAGGCUAAAUUCCAGUUGGCUUGUGUGGUGAGCCCCGAGCCAAUUGUUGCAGACGCAGCCAUGAUGAUGUACCGGAAUGCCUCCUGCGCCGACAUGCUGAAUUGUGAUCAGAUUGAGAACCUCGCGCAGCUUCUCGGUGACGCCAUGUUCGUCUGUUCUGGGGUGAAAACGGCCAAAGCCUUCACCAAGGCGGGCCGUAAGGUCUACCACUACCACAUGAGUCAUGUCCCCACUACGCCCAUGCUGGGCAAUAAGUGGACCAAGGCGACUCACGGCGACGAUCUCAUUUUCGUCUUUGGUCUGCCUCUCGUCCCUUCUGCAAACUGGUCGUUCACCGAGGAUGAAGCCCGGAUGUCGAUCCAGACCAUCAAGUACUGGGCAAAUCUCGCUAAGACUGGCAACCCUAAUCUGUCCUCCUUGGAUGGCCAGCAGGGGGAGGAGGAGAACCUGCCGGAAUGGCCGUUGUUUACCCUCGAGGAACUCGCCUAUAAGGACCUGUCACCAUCCAUGGGAAACGGGCGUGGCAUUAAGGCCAAGGAGUGCAUCCUGUGGAACGAGUUCAUACCAAAACUCAUUCAGAUUUCCGAGGAAGCCAAAAAGUGCCAAGAAGCCCAAGUCAUUGACGAGGACAAGGAGGAUGUCGCCACAGAAGGCAAAUACACGGAGGAGGAAUAGCUAGAAGAUUGGUAACUUGACCCAACUCUGAGGACGCCACAAACGAUUCUCAGAGUUCCUAUAUUCCAAUUUUACUUCUUCUGUGUCACUGAAGAUGUUAAAAUAGUUAGACAUUGCUUGUACACAUCAUAUGCUUUUGCUUCAAGCAUUAAACAAUGAAUGAAAAAACAAUUGCAAAAACUGAGACAUAAUUCCAAUGAUCUUGCCUGAAAAAGUUGCCGAUAGAAGUGGUCGCCUAGCGGCUACAUAGCCAAGACGUCGUCAGUUUUAUGAUUUUUCUCCACUGGUUACCACUAGCAAGCAGCAUUCAGUCACUGUCAUACAAUAUUGCCAAAUCAGGUUGAGGACCUAAUGCUGCAAAGAGUCAGUACUGUUGGUGAGAAUAUCACAAGAUCAGUCACACGACCAGACACAAGACUAUUCAUAAGACAAGAAGCAAGGCAAGACACAAGAUGAGCAACAAGACCUGACACAACACCAGACACAAGAACUUCACAAGACCAGAUGCAAGACUUGUGACAACACCAGACAUGAGACCAGACACAAGACCAGUCAUUACAAGACUGCUUUGUUACACACACUUCAUUUGAAUACCUUGUGAUGUGAAUUCAGAAUGGCCGUCUUGCAAAUGAUCUUGUGAUGGUUUUAAAGGGUCUUGACCAGAACACUGGACCGUGUGCUAGACAAACUAUGAAGAUCUUUUUCAACCUUAUAAAAUGUAACAAUUAACAGCACGUUAUUGACAUUGACCGUCUUUGAUUUUUUUUUGGGGGGGGAGGCGGGGUUGACACAGAAUAACUUCCAAAUAUCCCAAUCCCCAACAUUUUCAUUAUGAGAUAGCAAUAUUUGCCCAGCAGCGUAAGAGUGCAGUAGACAAGCAUCACUUUUUAGCCUGGUCUUGUAACUUUAAUCAUGGAAUUUUUUAAGACCAUCAUAGAAACACAACAGAAAUGCUUACACCCCUAUUACGGAUUUUUUUUACUUUUUUAAUGUGAGUCGUUUUCAAGUACAGCUUACAAAGUACGAUCAUUGUACAACUUCUGUGUACAUAGUACUAUUUUUGAUUUAAAAAAAGCUCUUCUUCAUUCGUUAACAUAAUUUAAAUAAAUAAAUGUAACAUAUCGCAUUCAAACUUCAUGUUCUGAACCACAGUAGCUUAAACCUGAUAUACGGAAAGCAACAGUAGCCAUUUGGAAUCUUUGUGACAAAAAAGAGAUUUUCAUUGAAGAAAUGUCAGGAGCCAUGUAGCAUUGUAGUACUUAACCAGUGGAAAAACGCAACUCAAAGAUACCAAACUGUUAUUUCAAUAGCUGCUUGAAUCUGACCAUAA